AUGUAUUAUAUAAAGGCAUGGUCACUUUUAGGGGAAAUGUCCGAAAAACUAAGAAGAUGCAGAAAGGAGCUGACGGCAGCCAUUGACCGGGCCUUUGAAGGAGUCAGUCAUUCCCAGGAGUGCACAGGCCAGCAGAGGCUGGAGCUGGACGCUGCUCCGCUUUCCUUCUCGCUGCCUGUGCACAGGCUUCUCUGCAGAAGACAUCCCUUGGCAGCCUGCUCUGCUGCUGCUCCUUUUGCGGCUGUCCCAUGUGCUCCUGAGAAUGAGAACCCUACCUUUGCAUCAAACGAUGGCCCAGUAAAUGCAAAACCACAUGCUUUAUGCCCCAAAAGAAAACCUCUGACCAGCAAAGAAAAUAUAGUGAUGCAUUCUUCCAUUUUGGCACCUGAAAGACAGUUUUGGAGAGUUGCAGGAGAUGGGGAAAACUGGAGAAAAGAAAGUUUAAGGAAAGAUAUGGAGAAAGAUUUGAAGGUUGACCCAAACAUCUCACUCAACAGUUCUAACCAAGAGGUCACAAAGGAUCUGCUUGACAUGAUUGACCACACAAACAUCCGAACUAUUGAAGAAUUGGCUGGAAAACUAGAAUUCGAAAACGAGUUGAACCGUGUGUGUGGUCGCUGCCAAGAUUCACCCUUCAAGGAGGAAGCCUGGGCUCUGCUUAUGGACGAGAGCCCUCAGAAGGCACUGGAUGCUGACCCUGGUAGUCUCAAGCAGGCUUUCGAUGAUCAUAAUGUAGUUGAGACUGUUCUGGACUUGGAAGAGGACUACAAUUUGAUGACCUCUUUUAAAUACCAAAUGGAUUAAGGACAGUUGACCUUAGCUUUGAUUCUUUACAGCAGGAGGCUGUCAUUAAGGAGCCUGAGCAGAAGCAGACACGGUGGUUGUCAGGGGCCACAUUUUUCCAAGGGUUUGCAAAACCUUUUUAAACUCCCAGUUAUGUCCCUUUUUGAGCUGAGAGCCCAGUUUUUGAAUUCUGUUGCUCUAAUAUGUUUCCCACUGUUGAUUUUGACUUUUCUUGACAUCUUGAAUGUGUUUUUUAAAUUGAUGUUCAAUAUACCCAGUACCCAAGGUAGGUGCGGG